CUCGGCCCCGCUCCUUCCGGUGCGGCGGGUCGGGGGCGCUGCGCAGCCGGGAUGGGGGCCGCCCGGGAUCCCGAGCAGCAGCCGGGGCCGCCGGGGGAAGGGGGCCCGGAGGAGGGGGACGGGCAGCUGAGCCCCUGGAACAUCAUGAUCAAGCACCGCCAGGUGCAGCGGCGGGGUCGGCGCUCGCAGAUGACAACAAGCUUUACAGAUCCUGCUGUCUCCAUGGAUUUGCUGCGAGCUGUUCUGCAGCCUAGUAUCAAUGAGGAGAUCCAAAUAGUCUUCAAUAAAUACAUGAAGUUUUUCCAGAAAGCAGCGGUUAACGUGAGAGAGAAUGUCGGGGAGGAGGUGGACCCAGAGCAGCUCAUCCAGGAAACAUGUCGGAGCUGCCUAGAACAGGCCAAGCUGCUGUUCUCUGAUGGCAAGAAGGUGAUACCCAGACUGACCCAUGAGCAGUCAGUGCCAAAGCGUGCCCGGCAGAUGGAAGAGGAAUCCAGUCGGCGAGGAAGCCCUGUUCCCAAAAAGAGGAAGGGGCGACCUCCAGGGCAGAGCCUGCUGAACGAUCGUGGAGCCUCAGGUGUGGCCACGUGGAAGCUCAAAUCCUGUGAGCCAGUGCGCCGGGAGGGACCAAAGUGGGAUCCAGCCCGGCUGACUGAGUCCACAACUUUUGUGCUGGGAUCUCGAGCAAACAAGGCCCUUGGAAUGGGAGGAACCAGAGGGCGACUCUACAUCAAACACCCCCAUCUCUUUAAGUAUGCGGCUGAUCCUCAAGACAAGCACUGGCUGGCAGAACAGCAGCACAUGAGGGCCACAGGGGGCAAGAUGGCCUACCUUCUCAUAGAGGAGGAUAUUCAGGAUCUGGCUGCCAGUGACGAUUACAGGAGCUCUCUUGAUUUGAAGCUGGAGGAACUAAAACCUUUUAUCCCACCUGCCUGGAUGACUGAAAAGAUGCAGAAAUAUAUGGAGACACUUCGCCAUGAAGGGGACCCACAGCCUCCAGAGGGAACCCAUGAAACAUAAGAAACCUCACCCUCCCUGCCAAGCGGCAUCCAGUCACAACAUGGACUCUUGCCCGGUUUUUUUUUAAUCUUUCCUUCCUUGGUGUUUCACUGGACAUGUUGGGGCUUGUGCUUUCAGUGGCCCAGGUAGCAGAAUGCUGCCCACAGGGAAAAGCAGUGCAGCAGCUGUGUUUAAACCUCCUGAGAGCUGUUUGGGCCAUUCCCCUGAGUGGGUGGUGGCUGGCAGUAAGCAAAGUCACUGGCUGCUUCCUGCUUCUCCUCAGAGCUGCACUUUUCUGUGUGAACUUCCUCUUUCAGAUCCUCUCCGUGUACAAACAGAUUUGUAAUAAACGCUGCUGCCGGA